AUAGCUUCUCACUCCACACAUUGUCUCUCCACACCAACCCAAAAAAUGAAAAAUCUCGUCUCUUUCUUAACCCUUCUCAGCCUUCUUCUGGGCGGCGAACAAUGCGUCUCCGCCCAGAAAUGCAGCUGCAGGACGAGCGAGUGCUGCAGCAAAUACGGUUACUGCGGCAACGGCCCCGACUACUGUGGGCCCGACUGCCACUCGGGGCCGUGCACUGGAAGCAAUGGAGUGAAAGUGGGUGAUAUUGUGACCGACGCUUUCUUCAAUGGGAUCAUUGCCAAGCAAGACCGCCCCAACUGCGCCGGCAAGGGUUUCUACACACGCCCCAGAUUUGUCGAGGCGGCGGCGGCCUACCCGAGCUUCGGGACCAUCGGCUCCCCCGACGAUUCCAAGCGCGAGAUCGCUGCAUUCUUCGCCCACGUCGCGCAUGAGACUGAAAAGAUGUGCUUCAUCGAAGAAACCGGCGGCCAAACAUUUUGCAACGCAACAGUUGCAAAGUGGCCGUGUGCGGCCAACAAGCGCUACUACGGGCGAGGACCGCUGCAGCUGACGUGGAACUACAACUACGGUGAAGCCGGCGAAGCCAUCGGAUUCAACGGAUUGAGCAACCCCGAAAUCGUGGCCACGGAUCCGCUUAUAUCUUUCAAGGCUUCGUUAUGGUUUUGGCAGCAAAAUAGCCACAACCCUUUUGUUUCGGGCAAGGGCUUUGGCGCCACGAUCCGUGCUAUUAAUAGCAUCGAGUGCAACGGCGGGAACGCCGGCCAGGUGGCAUCUCGGGUCAAUUACUAUAAAGAUUAUUGCAACCAGCUCCGGGUUGACCCGGGAGCUAAUCUUCAGUGUUGAUUAAGCGAAGAAAAUGAGAAUUUUCUAGCUAUUUGCAUGGCUUGAUUUUAUAUGAUGUGGGAUAGUAAUGGAAGGUUGAGGUGUGGUUGUAAACAUUUGAUUCGAUCAAAUAAGGGGCUUUGAAUAAUAUAAUAUGGAGUUGGUCCAAUUUGAAUUAA